UGCUCCUUUCUAGCUUCGUUUUUAAAGUACCGAUCUCAGCUUCUGCUCCGUCUCGCUCUCUCGCUGUCUCAGUGGAUCAAGGAGUGGGGUUUCGGCGCCGGAACUAGGGUUUGCGAUGGAUGAGGAGAGUACAGGUGAGCGUUCGCUAGCGUGCGACUACUGCUCCGAGGCGACGGCUGUGAUCUACUGCCGGGCGGACACUGCUCGUCUCUGCGUCGCCUGCGACCGGCAAGUCCAUGGUGCUAACGCGCUCUCCCGGAAGCACGUACGGUCCCAGAUCUGCGACAAAUGCGGUGAUGCUGCCGCCACAGCGAGGUGUGAGGCGGAGAAGCUCGCCCUUUGCCACGACUGCGGUUUUGACGUCCACUCCGGUUCUGCCGACGGUGGCGCCGGACACACGCACGGCGUUAUUGAAGGAUUCUCCGGCUGCCCCUCGUUCGUGGAGCUUGCGGCUUCGUGGGGCCUCGAGAUGGGCUUGAAAGAGUCUGGAGAGUGCGGGGAGCAAAUUAUGUUGGCCGGUUUGGGUGCUAUCGACUCGGUCUUUGCUGAUCUCUAUGUGCCCUGCUUUGCCGGAAGAGGUAGAGAUGGGAAGAGGAAGCCGGCUGUUAUUCAACAGCUGGAAGAGAUGGCGAGGCUGGAUUUUUCGUCAGUGGCAACGAGCCAGCUGAGUCCAAGGACACCGUGCCGGAGCGCCACUGGUUGUGGCGGCGGCGAUGAGGAUUGCCGCAGCCUGCAGCAGUUGCCGUUCGCGUCCUUGCUGAUGAUGGCACCGUCAGAUUGUGCGGAUCUCAAGGAGAAUCGUCGGGUUGUGGAGGAGGCGGAUCUGAUCUGGGGCUGUGGACUAAGCGACCACGCGUCUCAGAUUUGGGAUUUCAAUUCAGGACGGACUAGGGAGCAUAAUGCGACUUCUCCCAUCCAAGAUGGCCAUGUUGGAAACAAUUCAGGUUUUACGAUUAAGAGUUACAAUGACCUUCUUAAAGAAAGAACUUUUGCAAAUACGGAAGUUCUAGAAGGCUUCUAUGAGAAAAAUUGCCCUUCAAAUGAGGAUGUCUCUUCUACUAAUAAUAGCAUUUAUCACAUGCCAUCUCAAAGUCUCGGUGCAGCAGAUAACAUUCUGAGCAAGUGGAAAAGCAACAAAUGCAACUCGAGACUUAAUGGACCAUCUUCCUCUAGCAAUAAUUUAUCCACUAUAUCUUGUCCUGCUGUUUCUUCUUCGCACAAUCCCGUACUAGGUUCCAAUAGCAAGGAGAUAUCCUUUGGUGAGCAGCCCCUCAUUAGAACUGAGCUUGUGGAUUCAUUCAAGAGGGUUGACACCGAACUACUGGCUGAGAAAAGGGGAACCGCCAUGCAGCGUUAUAAAGAGAAAAGGAAAACUCGAAGAUAUGAUAAGCGCAUAAGAUAUGAGUCCAGGAAGGCGAGAGCAGACAUCAGGAGGAGAGUUAAAGGUCGAUUUGUCAAGUCUUCUGAAAAUGCGGAUGAUGAGAAUCAUAGCUAGAGCCAAAAGAUUGCGUAAGCUAUGUAUGUAUAUAUUUGUAAUUGUUUUUGUUAUUCUUCUUGCCGUUCAUGAUUGGUGUUAUAAAAUGCCUCAUUGAAAAUUGAGAAACUUGAGUGCAUCCUUUAUUAUUUAAUGCUCCAAUUGUUAAGUUAUAUAUCAUGAAUUUCUUAUAUUUUUGGGCUUCUUCGGAUAUAUAUGAAAAUGUUCAUUUUUAACUA